AUGCGCUUCUUUGCCCUCAACCUUAUUAUUCCUAUCCUCUUCACCGGUAUAGGCGUCGUACAUGGCGCUGCUAUUGCUGGUGACUUCGCCUCGGCCUGCCCGCUGGGUGAGCGGGCUGAGAAAUGCCGCCUUCAGGCCAACAAGUCCCCGCUUGGGGUCGGCAGAAUCUUUGCCGGCCAGUCGUUUAAACCCCGUGCGGCUGCCGAAAGGGGUUCUUUUUGUUACAAACCAUAUGAAGCGUUUUUGGUCCAGGCGUCCACAGCCUGCUGCGGAUCUGUCCGCGGCAGUAUGCACAAUGAUUGGCUUUGCGUUGGCUUGAAGACUAACGUCGCAGCGUGCAGUCAGUUCCACCGCUGUUGCCGUAUCGAAUACCAUUCUGGCAACAGUGACGACGAUAAGUGCUAUUGA